AGUGGGAAUCCUUCGACGUCCCCGUGACGCUCUGACGUCACCAACGGUCGUGAAGGGGGCGGGGCUCGUAAACAGAGAAAUCUAAAUAAAGGAGCGAGCAGAAAUUAAACUAUUUCACUUUUCCUCCGUAAAUAGAAGGUAAGUGUGAAUCCUGGUGUGCUGCAGAGUUGUACAGACGUGUCUUUACACGGACAGGAGUCUUCCUAAAAACACUCGUGAGGUUUUUUCUCUUCUAUGAAACUGAAUUUGAUCUUCCUUGUGCGACGACGCCAUCACUGUGUGUAAACCUGCUGACAAAAUGGCGAAAUUACCGAAAAAUUCCUGCUGCUCAUCUCCUGGUUCGUGUCGAAGUAAAUUAUCGGUGAAGAAUGAUGUGAAUAAACGUGUUUAUCGUCGCUAAGGUGGGCAGUUUUUGCAGAAAUCCGACCUCGUUUUUCUGUUUAGAGAUAAUGGGCCCCAAUGAAUGAAGUGGGUUUGGCAGCCUCACCGUUUCUGAACACGGACCGAACACAGAAAAAGUCCCGAACCGGAGGCGGGUUUACGGUUUUAUGGCAUUUAUGAACUAUGUGAGUUUUCUCCAUGCAGGCUACUCUCGUGUGAUGCCGAUUCGCCGAGCUCCAGCGACUCCGACCGGGGAGAAGGUCCCCUCCUCCGCCGCAGCAGAGAAAGGUUAGGCCGGGGUCUUCUUCACUGGAGGACCGUGAACGCACCAUCACUGAAACACAUCUGUGUGUGUGUGUGUGUGUGUGUGUGUGUGUGUGUGUGUGUGUGUGUGUGUGUGUGUGUGUGUGUGUGUGUGUUUAUCAUUCACAGUUUACAAUGAAUAAAACCUGAAUAAAUAAGACUCUUUAACAGAGAACAAUAUAUACUUGGAAACAAACACGGAAUAAUCUUUCAGACUCACUUUUAACUUCUCUGAGACAAAACUCAAAAGUAAUGUCAGGAUGAUAAAACCACAUUAGUUCACUACUCUUUUCUAUGAUCAAAACAAAUAUAUUUUAUAGUUAUAUCCGCUUCAUUGAGUCCGAGAGCAUAACAGAGAUUAGAAAUGUCAGUUUCAAGAGUUUAAACAACAGUUGACAAAGUUUCUGAUGAACAAAUCCUACAGUACAUGAAUAUAAUACACCCAAAGACAUAAAAUAACACCUGGAACCAGCAAAUUUAAAUAUAUAUAUAUAUAUAUACACACCAGGCAGAAUAUAGACUUGCAGCUAAACGUGUCUGGCAGUAACACCAUUGUCCCAAGUUUAGCUCAGUGUAGAGUAGAGAUGUUUUUAAGACCCAACAGAGGAAGUUUAGAUUUAGUCGAUCAGCUGCAAAGUCUCACACAGGAGCUGUGAUGUUGACCGUUGACUUCUUUAUGAUGAUGAUAAAGUCAGUGAACAACAUUUAAAGGGAAUGUUCUUCACUGAGGAAAUCUGAUUUGGUUGUUAAAAAGAGAAAAAAACUGUUUAAUGUCUAAAAAAAGAAAAGGAAACAUGAAAAUUUAAGACGUGAUUGGAUUGAAUUUUGUUACAGUUGAAAUAUCUCAACAUAGAUGUCUCCGUGUCUCCUGCCUGAUGAAGUUCCUCUUUUGUUUGUGUUUUUUAUUUUCCCAACAUGUAACCUGAAGUUUAUCUGAUUAUGAAUAUUAGGAGUUUUACAGUCGGGAUGUUUUGACAGAUUCUGCUUUGAGUGUUUCCCACAGCAGAGCAAACGUGACAAACUUUCCUCCGUGUAAAUAUUCUGUGAAAUAUGAAUUAAAUCAAAUCCGCUCUCCUCUCUCAGACCCUGAAGGCUCGGAGGAGGAGUCGCCCUCUGCUGAUGAGGAGCCGGCGGCAUCCUCGGCUGGGACAGAAAAGGAAGCGCCGAGCACGACUGAGGCCGAGCCGACAGAGAACGGCGAGAAGAGCGAGGACGCCGAAACGGUAGAGAAGAAAGAUGGAGAAGCAAGCGAGAAGAAAGAGUGAGUCUCAGCAGAGAGCGAAAGUGCCACUCUGACCCCUGCGAUAUUUCACUCUGAUAGCACUUUUAUCUGUUUAUAUGAUCCUUGCCUCUGCUGGAUAACGGCAGACUGCUCCCCUGGUGGUUGCAGUGUUGCAUUUCCAAAAGAUGUGAUCUGUCUGAGCCGAGACCGAGACCACACACAUGUUCCCCUUUUGUCCACGGUCUUGGAGGAGUUAAGGAGGAAAGGAUUUUUCUGUCACUCCAACUUUGACCUUCUGUCACCAGCUGAAAACUAUCACAAACUACUAGAAGGUUUCUAGAAACUUCUUUCAGCACCGGGGUGUUGUAAGAAGAGGAAAAAUCCAGAUGAUUGAGUUCAUGGGACAUGUUUUCCGAUUUGAACAACCCCUCAUUCCUGUGAUUUCUCCUCCCUUCCUUCUCCCAGACCUCCACAAAGUAAACUAACUUCUCUGUAUCAAGUAGACUAGACUAGCAGGAAUUAAUUCAGGGUACAAAUUCCUCUGGUGAUCAUUAAGACAGAUGUUCUCAAACUUGAUUUUGUCUUUUCCAUCGGUGACAAUCGGACACAAAGUGACAAAUGCAAGGACUGCGCGGCUGGACAGUGUGCAACACACUGCUAUGUUCUCCUACUAAGGUGAGGAUGUGAUAGAGAUAAGGGUGGUACCAAUCACAGUGAAAUAUCGCCUCAAACCACGCCACGCUCUUCACUCAACUUGUGUCUCGCUCCUUUGGUGACAGGCUGAAGGACGGCUACAAGUACAAGAAAUCCAAAUCCAAGAAGGUGAAACGGACCAUUCCUGCAUGGGCUAGCGUCACCGCCAGCAAAAAGGUCCCCGUUACAAACUUCGCAGGGAAUCAAAACAAAGUGGAUAAUAUCCUCAUCGAAGCGAUUUCGGUGUGUACCAACUCCGUCUCCAGUCAGGGUCAUGAAUUUCCGCUUUUGUCCUCCUGGUUUUGUUGGCUAAUAAAAAAAACUGUCUGCUCUUUUUCAGUCCUGUAACGACAGGUCAGGCGUCUCCUUCCAGUCCGUCAUGAAAUUUAUGCUCAAAAAAUAUCCAGGGAUGGAGCUGGACAGGAAGAAGUUCCUCAUCAAGAGAGCGAUGAAGAAACAUCUGGAGAAGGGAACCAUCAAACAGGUGAGGAGUGGUCCUGGACCCUGACUGGACCAAAACGCUCUUCUGUUAGCAGAGGAGGAAACGAAACUCUGAACCGGACUCUCUGAGAAAACGCUGACCACGUCGACCACGACCACGUCGACCACGACCACGUUUAAUUUCUACCAACACGCAAAAAUUAAAGAAAUCAAAGAAUUUUAAUCAGUUUUUGUAAUAAAAAAAAAAAAACUAAAAUAUUGGAAUAAGAUUGAAAUAAAGAAAUCAGCUGUUAUUGAUUAUAUAAAAGUAUGAUGGAUCGAUAUCCCAGCUGACGGUUCAGAUGAUCUCCAAACCCGCUCCACUCCUUUCUCAAACAUCAGCAGGUUUUCACCGUUCCUCCUGGUCGGACGUAGAUUUUAUUAUUUCUCUGUUUGUUCAGGUCAGAGGGUUUUUUUUUCUAUUGAAGCUCCGUAGGUCAGCUGACCAUAGCGUGGUCACACUGACCUUCACUGAUGAAGGUUUCUGAUCAGCUUUGAUUAUUUCCUCCAUGUUUGAUCGGCCAUGUCUCUCUCUCUCUCUCUCUCUCUCUCUCUCUCUCUGUCUCUCUCUCUCUCUCUCUCUCUCUCUCUCUCUCUCUCUCUCUCUCUCAGCUGAAGGGCAAAGGUCUCUCGGGGACGUUCACCAUCGGGAAGCAGGUCCCCGCCGCCAAGGUAAGUUUGUAAAUUUAUGACAGAGAGAUGAUCGCACAUAUAGAUCAGCUGAUCGAUCUGUUUGGUAGUGAUCUAGUGUCAACAGUCGCCUUCUCUCAUCUCUUCCUACGAGACUGACAGCGUUUGGUUGUAAUGGUCAUGUCUGUAAAUGGAUGGUGUUUUAGAAAGCCGCUCAGAAGGCGGAGUCUCUGGGCGACGCUCUUCCUCUCAUCAUCACUCGGCUCUGUGAGCCCAAAGAGGCGUCCUACAACCUGAUCAAGAAGUACCUGGAGCAGCACUUCCCCAGCCUCAACAUCGAGAACAGGUACGCGUGCGUGUGUGUGUGCGUGCGUGUGCGCUCACCUGUCGAGUGUUUUUUAACACACCUGCUGAAGAGUCUCGAGCUGCAGUAAUAAUAAACUUUCACUUUCAUCAGAGAGAAAUUAAACCUGAAUAUUGAAGAAAGAAAGUUUGAGUUUAAACUGAGAAAAAAAAAAAAACUUUAAUGAAGUAAAAAAAAAAAAAAAAUCCUGAUUCCAGUUUUUCAGUCCGGAGAAACUCUAAUCAAUAAUCAGUGAUCGAUGAUGUGAACACAUGAACUGAUAUGAACACAUGAACUGUUCCUCAGACCGGAUGUCCUCAAAGCGGCUCUGGUGAGGGCGGUGGAGAAAGGUCAGCUGGAGCAGAUCACGGGGAAAGGAGCCCGAGGAACCUUCCAGGUGAGCGUCACUCAAACUGUGGGAUUGUGUUUUUAUUGACAGUCGAUUUCUGUAAAUGAUUUUAAUGACGUCUGUUUUUAUUGACAGUCGCUCAGGUUUCUGUUCAUGUUUUUAGAGUGAAGUUUGGUGAUUUCUAACUGGAGCUUUGACAUUUAGCUGCAGAUGAACAAAGAUCUGAAGUGUGUUAGGAGCUCUGCUGUCCUUCAGUCGACCAUCGUUAUCGUCGUUCUGAAGUGAAAAGUUACAGGAUGUAAAGUUUUUAUUUCAGUCACCCACAGAUCCUGUAAAUCUGUUUGUCUUUUUUUAAAUAUUAACACCUUAAAGGUCAGUUUUCCAUGUUUAACAGUUCAGCUGUGAGUCUGAAUAUUUGAGCUGAUUCAUUUCAGUCAAAUAGAUUAAAAAUAUGAUAUUAUAAAAAAACCUCUUCUCUGGCCCACCCUGGACAGUAUCCUUGCUGUUCCUAGGACUGCACUCUUCUGGACUGAGAUGUUUCUGAUGUUUCCUCAGAGAUCUGUUGGAGACACUUCUUCUCCAGUGUGGGGGUUUCUGCCCUGAUGACCACAGGCACCACUGUUUCCUUCACCUUCCAGCCUUUCUCUGUCUCCUCUUUGAGCCCUCGGUUCUUCUCUAGUUUCUCGUGUUCCUUCUGUCUGAUGUUGGUAUCGCUUGGGAUGGUGACAUCUACCACAACAGCUUUACUCUUCUGUUUGUUUACGAUUACGAUCCCCGGUUGGUUGGCCGUAACAAUUUCGUCGGUCUGUAUCUGGGAGUCCCACAGGAUCUUGGCUCGGUCGUUCUCCAUCACCUUGGGAGGUUCUUCCCAUUUUGACCUCGGGGUUCCAGUCCAGAUUCUGCUCAGAUGUUCUUGUACACUUUACCGGGUACUUGGUUUUGGCGUUCCAUGUUUGCUUUUCCUGCCAGCGUCUUACAUCCUGCUGUUAGGUGUUGGACUGUUCCAGGGCCCUCUUUGCUCAGCCUGCUCCUGGGAUCUUGCCCGGUAUGGUAGAUCUGGAUCUCUAUUGCUCUGGUGCUCAAGGCCUGUUCUUGUGCCGCCAUGAUGAGGUUCCUCUGAGCUGUCCGUCAGUCCAGCCCUCUCCAGCCAUUGGUCGGAUUUGCUCAUAUCAGCCACUUCAGCUAUCUGCCGGUGGUACAUCCCAUGAUGGUUCCUCCGGUUCUGUACUGUCUGAGACACUCACUAAGAGCUCCAUCUUCCUGACGUAGUCAUGGAGCUUGGAUGUUUCAUCUUGGAUAGUAGCGCUGAUGCUCACUUAUCCUCUGUCUCCUUCUUUGCGCUCAGUGUACAGCCUCUGGAUACUGGACUUAGGGUGGAACCCCCCGUGCAUGAUGAGCAACAUCUGAGUUUUAACAUCUGUGGCCUGAAUUUCCUCCUUUGGCCAGUUUAUUAUUCCAUCUGGGUAUCUGAUCACUGGCUGGGCAGAGCUGCCAUUGAGCCGACUCUGUAGGACCUGCUUACUCACUUCAGGUACUUGGCCGUUGCUGUAGUCCUUGUGGCCUCUUCAUGGUUGCCAUUUGCCUGUGGUAUGCCAAGGUCUUUGUAGCUCUCCUCCACAUGUCCGUGUCGAUUCUCAAUCAUCCAGGUCAUGGUUUUCUUGAAGACUCCAAAAUCAGGCAACUGGACCGUGUAGAGUUGAGAAGACGUUUCGCCUCCUAUCCAAGAAGCUUCUUCAGUUCUAAGAACUCCACAUCCGCUACUCCGCCCUCUGGGAGUGUAGCGCCCUCUGUAAGGAUUACCUGUCCUCUUUUCAUCACCACUCGGCCACACUUCUCCAGUCUGAACGACACUCCGAUGUUCCUGCUGUAGAUCCUGGUGGUGUGGAUCAGUGAGUCGAUGUCAUCUGUGUUUUGUAUCUCCUCAGUCUCCAGUUGUGAUAGCAGCUGCAGUUUAUGGAUGUUUGAACACUGAGCUACUGUUGACUGUGGUACCGAAGCCCAGUUGUCAUCGCAAUGCCCUGGUUCCUCAGCAUGUGACCCUGUGCAGCCCUGUGGGGGGGUCUUUUUUGUCCCACCUGCUCUCACUAGCUCCCCCUGCUGCUGGAUCAGUCCAUGGACACAGACCGCAGGAACAGAGAGUUCUGAGGUUCAGAUGAACCCGCUAAGUUUGACCGUUCAGGACUCGGACUAAGACCAGCAGGCCUGACCCUCAUCCUCUCCCUGAAACCAGAGUCCAUGACUUUAAUGUCCUCUGUCCAUCACAGCUCAAGAGAACUGGAAACCAGGUCCUACUGAAGGGCGGCGCCGUGGAGGACGCCAUCACAGCCGCCAUCACAGCCAUGAACGAGCCCAAAACCUGCAGCACCACCACCCUCAAAAGAUAUCUAGUCGACGCCAACAAGGACAGGAAGGAGUAUCAGCUAGGUAACACGCACACGCACACACACACACACACACACACACACACACACACUCUCCUCCUCAGUCUAAGACGUUAGACCUGGUUCCAGGUGGACUGAGACUAAACUUUAGAUUCCAGUCUUUACAGAAAACUUGUGUCUUUAGAGGUCCUGGUUUGUGCGUCUCUGCUCCGACUUUAUUUGAUUCCUGGUGUUUCAUGAACAUAGAAACUCUCUGUCUGAUAAAAGGUUCGUGUGUCACCAACAAGACCACUAACAGGUCUGCUCUGUUCCCUCAGUGAACAGUCUGAGGAGGACCCUGUCCAAGUGUAAAGUCCUGGGCUGGAUGGAACAGAUCACGGGUCACGGUUUCACAGGGACCUACCAGCUGUCGUUUCCUUUCUACCCGAGGUAUUUCUGCGUUUGUUUAUAAUCAUGGACGAGACGUUUCUGUCCAAAGUUCUGGUAUCUAACCUGUCCUUGUCUCUGACUCCAGCCCCACCAUCCUGUACCCGGACAAGUUCAAAGAACCCGUCAAGAAAAACUCUCAGCCUGCGACCAAACGGAGGCGGACGGCCGACUCCUCUGAUGAGGAGGAGGAGUCAGAAGAAGAAGAGGAAGAGGAGGAGGAGUCUGAAGAUGAAGCCCCCGCCCGUAAGAGGUGGGUCUCCGUCCUGAACUAAAGUGGAAACUCAGCCUGAAUGUUCCCGCCUCUCUGAGUGAGCCCUGAAUGCUGAUUGGUUUAGAUUCAGUCAGCUGGGCCUUCAAAGAAACGACCUUUACCUCCAGGUGGCGUGUGAACAUGUGGUCCCUCCUCCUGACGUUAAAGGUUUCUUCUUUACAUUUCAUUUUAGGAAAGUCCAGAAGAGACCUCCACCCAAAGCUCGCCGUCCUCCACCGGCCAAGAAAUCUCGAAGUACGAGUCAGUCUAAAGCGAAAGGCCGAGGACGCCCCGUCGCCAAGAAGUCUCCGGCCAAGAAGGCGGCGCCCUCAGGCAAGAAACGGGGCAGACCAUCAGCUGCUAAAAAAGAACCCACGCCAUCUAAAGCUACGCCCGUAAAGAAAGGCGCUCCCGCAAAAAAACCCAAAACACCAUCAGUGAAAAAACUCGCCAAACGAGGCGCAACGCGGCCUUCAUACCGAGAGUCCUCCCCUGAUGAGGAGGAGGUCCCAAAGGAGACGCCAAAGGCCGGGUCCAAGCGCUCCAAGUCUGAGGACGCCAGCGAAGCGCCUGCAGCUAAAAAAACAGCGACCAAAGGGGGGCGAUCCGGGCCUGCAGAGUCCUCGCCGAAGUCCCCCAAGAAGGCGGCGAGGGGGAGCAAGCAGACCGGACGCAAGUCCAAGAGAGGGAAAUAAUGAGCCCAGGAGGGGGCGCCGUCAUGAACUGGGCCGCUUAGUUUCAGAGCUCUCUUUAGCUCUCUUUAGCUCUCUCUCUCUCUCUCUCUCUCUCUCUCUCUCUCUCUCUCUCUCUCUCUCUCUCUCCCCCCCCCCCUCUCUCUCUCUCUUUCGAUCAGUUCUCCCUCUUUUUAACGGGGCAGUAGUUUUUUUAUUUCGAUCGUAGAAUAAGAAGAAAGUUCUCCUUCAGUUCAGUCGAGUGUUCAUGGAGAGGUCGUGAAGUUCGCCGUGUGUAGAGGAAGUUAGUGUUUCCAUGACAACAGCUGCCAGGAAAGGGAAAGUCUAGCUAAUCUGACCACCUGUAACUAGAGCCGUGUAGUUCCUUCAGUUUUUAUUUCACUCUGUUCCUCUGAGAGGAAAUGUUCCUCAAACCAAACCACGUUAUUAAACGUUUGAAGGUUUUCAGUUCAAAGGUUCUUAAACUGUUCAUGAAUAAAAUGAACAUUUUAUUAAAUCGAAUCUCCGGGUUGGUCUUCAGUAUGACGAUGAUACUGAAGACCUUUAAUCUGGAUAUUGAUGCGUAUUUGUUCACUUCUGAUUAUAAUUCAAAGACUGAUUUGUUUAUUUCAACUCAAAUCUGCCCCUUUAAAAGGAAAGGCUGCAGGUAAGAAAUAGUUCACCUUAAAUCCGUCAGUAUUCAUGAAAAAUAACCAGUCAUAUUGGGAAAAGUGUCUUUUUUUAGAUAACGUGUGUGUAAACAGAAUUAUACUUCCAUUGAUUUUAUUGCUUCACAGCUGUAACUCAGUACCAAACUGUAAGAAAUGUGUGUCGUGAAAAAGAAAAAGGAGGAUAAUAGCUCAUACAUACCUUGCAUGCAUGUAUCCCUUGUGUUGUUAAGCUUUUUUUCCAAGUCAUUAAUAAAAUGGCUAUAUUUGUACUUGG